AUGCUUCUCCUACGUAGAGGAAGAAACAAACCAGAUGGCAAUGGGGUGGACGCAAUAGGAUUCAAAAGAUUAUGGUCCACUGCUACAGCUUCUGUCAAGAUGGCAUCUUAUUUACUUGACAUGGUACGAGCGACUGGGACUGCUGUCACACGGUUUGAAGACACUCGUUCUCGAAGAUCUAGUCAAUCCUUGUCUUGUUUAGACCCGUUUCUACUGAAUCGACCGUUACCCCGGUCCAACAACUCGCUUGCUUGGGGCUCCUUCAAGCAUUUCAACCAAUUUUAUUUUCAGUGGGGUAUGAUGCAAUCGAUCAGAGAAUCGACAGUCCUCGGACACCUAGAAGGACAACAUUCUAAUACUGUGGCUGAAGCUGGAGGAGACCAAGCUAUUGCAAUCAUGCGUCCGGCCAUAUCCAGGUUCGAAUACCAUAUCUACAAAUCUAUGUCAGAACUCAGUGAGCUCUUUGACAUCAUUGUGGAAUUUCCCGAUUCAUUGCCAGCCUUGGAGGAUUUGCGUCUUUGUCUCAGCAAAACCGAUCAACGUUCUUUACUUGUCCGAACCCUACAAAAAUCGAACCGAACACGAUUGUUACACCCUGGUGCAGAUACUCAGGAUAUAAUCACACAAUAUAUCUCUUUGAUGAAAGCUAUGCGCGUCUUGGAUCCACCUGGAGUCCUACUCAGCUGUGUGGGUCAUCCAGUCAGGACCUAUCUUAGGAGUCGUGAGGAUACAAUACGCUGCAUUGUGACUUCACUUGUUGAGCCUGGUCAUACUUUAGGAGACGAAUUGGAUCGCUCUCCUUGUAAGGAUAGACCAAUCUCAGGUCCAGAUGGACCCAGUUUUUCAAUUAAAGAAGAAGUGGAUUAUACUUCGCCGAACUGGACACCUGACCCCGUAGAUGCACCUAUUGGAUAUAAGAACGGAUUAAAAGAAGACGCGAUUGAAAGUUUGGUAAGCAUAUAUGAAACUCGAGAUGGGUUUGUGAAGGAACUUCAAUUGCUGCUGUCGAGUCGGCUAUUGAAUGUGAAAGGCUUUGUUGUAUCAAUGGAGCUGGCCAGGGUUGAGAUCUUAAAAUCAAAGUUUGGAGAAGUGAGCCUACAGCCUUGCGAUAUCAUGCUGAAAGAUUUGGCGGACUCGAAACGACUACCGAUGCAUGUCAUUAUCAUCUCUCAUCUUUUUUGGCCAGAUUUGCUCGGUACUCCAUUUCGAUUCGCACCACGAUUGUCCUUUGAACAGGCUUACGGACGACUCAAAGUUGACCGAAGGCUGCGAUGGAUCCCUCAAUUGGGAACAGUGGAAUUAGAGAUCGAAUUAGAAGAUCGGGUACUUUCGGUCGAAGUGACCACACUCCAAGCAUCUGUGAUUGAAUUAUUCGAAGAAAAAGGUUUGUUAUUUAUCCUGUCUGUUGCUGAAUCAAGCAUAUAUGAAACCUGGACGAUUGGAGGUUUGGCAGAAAGGUUGAAUCUUCCCAAUGAUUUAUCCUUGGUCAGGAAAGGAUUAUACUUUUGGUCUAAUCAUGAGGUUUUGAAAGAAAUUGAAUCAGGUAUAUGGAGGCUUUUUGAAAAUGUGGAAAGCUUUAAUGCCUCGGCUGCUGGUACUAGUCGACAUGCUUUCUUGCGCUCGGGUCUAUGCGUGUACAGUGAUCGAGGAGCCUUCAAAGCCGGCGGAUAA